AUGGCUAAAAGUACCAGGGGAAAGCCGGUAGUAAUUAGGCCAUCAUAUGAUGACGAUUCAGAAUCGGACGGGGAUCUCUCCAAAGUGUUGCAAGUGCGAGAUGAGCCAUCUGAUGACGAAGACGAUGACAUGAACAGCAUUUCAUUUGGAGCAUUAAAUGCAGCACAACGAAAAUUGGAGCAAAAAGCAGCCAAAAAGAAAGGAGGUAAAUCUAAGAAGAAAAGCACUAGAGGAGAUAGCAGUGACAGUGAUAGUGAUAAUGAUAGUUCAGACGAAGAAGGAGACUUUUUUGAGACGAGUGACAAUGAAGACGAUGCAAACAGACACAGCAAAGUAAAUCCAGGAAGAAAGAACGGAAGAAGAGAUGUUCAGAAGAAAAAAAACAAGCAUGCACCAUCAGAGGCGUCGUCUAAGAGGCCGGUGUCAAAGGUACGUGAUAUAGGGGGGCUAGAAAACAAGACUAUGUACAGAGAUAUAAGAUUUGACCCUGCCUACGGGAAAGCCAACUUAGACGAUGUUCGUAAGAACUAUUCGUUUUUGGACGACUAUAGACAGCAAGAGGUUCAGGAAAUGGAGCAGGUUCUCAAGAAAGACAAGAACUUAUCGCAGUUCAAUAAGCAGAAGCUUGAAUUUAAAGUCCAGUCGUUGAAAUCGAGAUUAGACACGUUAAACAACAGAGAUUUAGAAAAUAAAAUCCUUUCGGAGCAUAAGAAGGAGCAACUCGCCAAAUUCAAGAGUGGCAAACAAGCAAAUCCAUACUUUUUGAAGAAGUCCGAUAAGAGGAAAUUAAUUCAAAAGGCCAAGUUCGACAACAUGAAGGCAUCUCAAAGAGAAAAGGUCAUGGAACGUAAGAGAAAGAGAAGAUUAGGAAAGGAAUUUAAGGAAUUAGAAUUCAAUCGUCAUUAA